UUUGUGUAAUCUAACCACACUGUUCUAGUGUUUCUCCAUUUUCAUUAUUUACCGAGUACAAUAAUUAUAAAAUGUCGAAUGAAAAAGCACACAUUUCAGACACCCUAAGAAUCCUGCAUCUUCCACCAGAGUUAUCUGAUGCCAGGCGCAGUGAGCUCCUAAAACGUUAUGGAGCUCUCAAAACCCAAACCCUGAGGCCCUCUGCUAAAUACACUGUUACAUUUGCAAAGUUUCCAUCUCAAAAAGCAGCUACCGAAGUGUUAUUGCGUCUUCACCAACUAAACAUUGGAGGCCAAUAUUUAACUGUAGAAUUUGCCUGGAAAUUCAUGACAAUAGAAAACACUAACAAAAUUAGUGACAAAGAAACUUCCACACAAGAAAAUAAGAACGAACCAAUUAGUAAAUCAAACUUUCAAGCUUUUCUGCAAAAACUAAAUGCAUGGACAAAUCAGGCAUUUGCUCAACCUCCUCCGCCAAAUAUUCAGUACAAAUAUCUUCCACCGACAAAAUCAACAUUGACGAGGAUAGCCAUACAGUUGUUAAAGGAACCAGCUUUCUACACUCAGGUUCUCCAUUUGAUGAACAGAAUGAACCUUCCACCACCUUUUGAGGACUUAGAAUCAGAGUUUCCGCAGCUCAAAGAAGCAUAUGAUAUGGAAAAAUAUAAUAUUUUCACAAAUCAGAGUUCGUGCGAGGAGUCUGAAAUAGAAUCGGAGGGGGAAAGCUCAGUUUUGGAAAUAGUUCCUGUGAAAAUGAAGCGAAGCGCAAAGCAUUUAAAGAUCCCAAAAUUUGUGAACCCUGCAAAGCGAGUUGCAACAGCAAGCUCAAAAGUUUUGAAGCGGGAAGAUCUAUUUGAACCAGUACAGAUAACAGAGGCAAAGAAUUUGAAGAUUGAAUUGAGGACAGAGAAUUUGGGAGAUGGUCCAAAGAUGGAGGACAGUGAUAAGAGGGAAAAUGUUGCGGAUGGAGGAUUUGGGUUGAUGUUUCCAGUUAAUAGAAGUUUGGAUGAUGGAAACGAAAGUAACGAAGAGGUUCGAUUGGAAGUUAUUGAGUCAAAAGAGCUGGCGGAUAAUAGGAUUUCUGCAAAUGAUCAACGAUUGCUUCCAGUAUUUAAAAACUACCACCCUGGGAAACCGUCGAAUAGAUUAUAUAUAAAAAACCUUGCAAAACAAGUCGAAGAGAAAGAUCUUCACUUCAUUUAUAGGAAAUAUUUGGUCCCUGGACUGAAAACUGAGUUUGAGUAUGAUGUGAGACUUAUGCAAGAGGGACGAAUGAAGGGGCAGGCUUUCGUGACUUUGCAGAAUAAAGAACAGGCACAGAUGGCUUUGGAUGAAACGAACGGGUUUAUUUUGAAAGAUAAACCUAUGGUUGUCCAAUUUGCGAAACCAACAAAGUUUUAA